AUGGCUUUAUUCCACAUCGCCGCGCCAAGGCUGGGCUUCAACUUUUUCGAAUCGCUCUUCCGGCAUGUGUCAGGCAGGGGUCGUAUCCGUCGGGUUGCGCCUCUGGCGCCAUCCCGAAGUGGGCAGAACGGUCUCAAUAGCCAUCACAAGGCCAGCGACCGCCCUUUGCUCCGGUCGAGAGUACGCGUAGUGUGGCACAGGACGCUGAAUGAUAACGGGCGAGCCUAUCAGAAGAGCUUGGCGUCGAGCCCGGACAUCAUGGUGGCCUCGUCCGAUGUCUCGCAUCGUAUUGGCGUGCACUGUCGCGUUUUCCAGUUGCCGUGGCUGCCCCUGGCUGCCCUGGUGAUGAUUCGCACGGCGCCUGUCCAACAGGCCCAAGGGAGGGUCGGGGGGAUUGACAGCAACCCAAUACCCGAUCUGUCCCUGCCCUACGCACCAACGGGAAAACCUGGUGCGAUUUGUGGUUAG